AUGGAAGUGGCGACUCUCAGGGAAGGCGCAGCCAUGGCUUCCCCACUGCCCCGGGAGAUGGAGGAGGAGCUGGUGCCCGCUGGCUCCGAGCCAGGUGACACUCGAGUCAAACCUCCCCUCAAACCUAAGCCCCAGGCCCUGUCCGCCAAGCCAGCCUUGCCGGCCAAGCCCAGCCUGCUGGUGCCAGUAGGGCCUCGGCCCCCUCGGGGCCCCCUGGCCGAGCUGCCUUCUGCUCGGAAGAUGAACAUGUUGGCGGGACCCCAGCCUUACGGUGGCAGCAAGCGUCCUCUCCCCUUUGCGCCACGGCCUGCUGCCGAGACCCCCGAUAGCGGAGAAGCUCCUCGAGAGGCUGAGAAGGAAGAGACUGGCAAAGAGGGGACACCCCCCUCGACGCCUCCAGCAAGAUGCGCUGCCCUAGGCGGCGUGCGCAAGGCCCCGGCCCCCUUCCGUCCAGCCUCGGAGCGCUUUGCGGCCACUACCGUGGAAGAGAUCCUGGCCAAGAUGGAACAGACCCGAAAGGAGGUCCCUGCCAGCCCCGACCGCCUCUGGGGCUCCCGCCUCUCCUUCAACCAUGAUGGCAGUUCACGUUACGGCCCCCGGACCUACGGUGUGACCACCAGUCCCAAGGAUGAAGGUGAUGGGACCCUCUCCAGGGAGUUGUCCCAGGACGGGCCAGUGAAAUCUCCAGCAGAAAGCCAGGAUGAGCACAGCAAGACGCCCAAGGAGAGGAGCCUCCCUGCCGACCUGGCCUUCAACGGGGACCUGCCUUUGCCGCCCAGCUCCGAGCCACCUGUUAAUGUGACCUCUCCUUGGUCACAGUCGCGUCUAGGCCCUGCCUCGGAGAACGGAGGCUCUGGCAGUCCUGGGCUCACAGCUGAGGGCUCUGUUCCCCGGUCUCCCCAUUUCCACUCACCUGAUAAGAGCCCCUCCUCUCAGCUGCCUGAAGCCCAGAGUCCUGCAGCUCCUGGGGCGUCUCCCUGCCCUCUGGUGACUCCGGCAUCCGCCAGUGCAGUGUUGCUGGACGAGGAGGGCUCCCGCCACCUCCCUGACCAGGGACUCCCUGCCGAGGGAGCCUUAGAGGCCCCUCAGCCCCUCACUCCUCCCCUGGAGGAGGUCUUGGGGCGCCACAGCCCAGACCAGCCCCCAGCCACCUCACCCCGACUACUGAUCGAGGGGGGUGAGUUCCCGGACCUCAUGCAGACGUUUCCCUCCCAGGGGGAGGUGGUGGCCGAGAGUCGUCCAGACCUCCGGCCCACCAGCCUGGUCCAGCGCCGGUUCUCUGAAGGCGUGCUCCGGCCUCCUGACCAGGAGAAGUUGGGGGGCUCGCUGGCUGCCCUGCCUCAGACCCAAGGCAGCCAGUCAGCCUUGGACCGGCCCUUUGGGAGUGGCACUGAGUCCAACUGGAGCCUGUCUCAGUCGUUUGAGUGGGCCUUUCCCACCAGGCCUGCGGGGCUGGGUCUGUGCCGACUGGACUCCCCGCCCCCCUCUCCCAUCACGGAAGCCAGCGAGGCUGCUGAGGCCGCUGCCGAGGCUGGUGACUCCGCUACAUCCCAUGAUGGGGACAGAGUGACUGAGCAGGGCCAGGGGGCACGGGCACCCCCAGAGGGGCUGGGCAGGCCAAGUGUUGAUCCAGCAAUUUCCCCAACCCAGGAGGAGGACAGGGUGAGCCCCCCUCAGCCUCCAGCUGUUACCCUGCAGCCCUUGCCCACAGAAGGGGGCCCACCUGAGCCGGCCACCCUGCUCCAGGCCGAGCAGAGGUAUGAGGAGCGGGAGCCCCUGCCUGGACAGGAAUCCCCCCUUCCCCCGACCCCCAGACAGGCAGCCCUGCCCAUCCUGGAGCCCAUUUUAGGCCAGCAGCAGCCAGCACCUCCCGGCCAGCCCUGUGUCCUCUUCGCUGACACCCCUCACCCCGAUCGGGUAUUGCUUUGUGAGGAGGCUGCGGUGACCCUGGCCAAGGCUGAGACCACGCAGCCCAUGAUAGAGACUCAGGAGCUCCACAGAGCCUCCCCGGAAUCAGUGGGCCCCGGAACCAGUUCCCGCUGGCUGGACGAUCUCCUGGCUUCGCCGCCACCCAGUGCUGGCAGUUCGAGGCGGGGUGCUGGAUCGGAACCAAAGGACGCACAGACCCCCGGCACUUGCUCUGAGGGGCUCCUGGGCUGGGCCCAAAAAGAUCUGCAGAGUGAAUUUGGGAUUGCAGCGAACCCACAGCCCAGCAGUUUCAGCUCUUCUGACUGGUCCCAAGACUCGUCCCAGGACUAUGGCCUUGGGGGCGUGAACCCAAGAGGAGACCAAAGCCUUGGAGAGAGCGACUGGACCAGCGAUUAUGGACAAGGAGCUGGGGAAGGGAGCCCCCGAGAGUGGGCCAGCAGGCGUGGCACCGGCCAGGAGGAACUGGAGGCUGGCAGUGGAGACAGGAGGGAGGCAUCUGCUGCAGGGGGCUUCACUGCCCAGGACCAGGUGAUCGGCACCCGGCAGAGCCCCGAGGCCACUGCCCAGGACUGGGAGUUCAGAAGGAGGGAUUCCCGGGGAACUUACUCCAGGCGGGAUGCAGAACUCCAGGACCAGGAGUUCGGGAAGAGAGAUUCAUUGAGCAGUCGCGGUGCGAGUCUUCAGGACUGGGAGUUUGGAAAGAGAGACUCCCUGGGCAUGUACACUAGCCGGGAGACAGAAGAGCAGGGUCAGGACUUGGGGAAAAAGGACCUGCUGGGCGGAUACAGCAGCCAGGACGCUGACAGGCACCCUGGGGAGUUUGAGAAGAGAGAUUCUGCACUCGGGGCCUUCAGUGGCCAGGAUGGGCCCUUCAGCAGCCAGGACACAGGGCAGCAGGGCCCGGGCUUCGGGCAGCACAACUGGCUCAGUAACUACAGCAGUGGCAGCAGCUCCACCGUCCUCGGUGCCCAGGACAAAGGCUUCAGUCCGAGAACCUUGAGCACCGGGUUCAGCCCCGAAGAAGCCCAGCAGCAGGAUGAGGAAUUUGAGAAGAAGGUUCUGAGCGGGGAAGACAGCCUUGGAGAGGCCAGCAGGCAUGCCAGCCAGCCAGAGGAGAGAGAGCCAGGGGCCCUGUUCAGCCCCAGCACCCUCCUGCCACAGGAUGGGGCACUGGGACAGAGAGAGCAGGGCAGUCGCGCCCCGCAGGAGGUCAGCGCGCUGCAGGGCAGACAGCAGGCCGGGUCCCAGAGCCCUGGCGAUGCAGAUCGAGAGGAGAGGGAGGUGGGGAAGCGAGGCUGGGCCACCGAGUUCAGCCUUGGGGUUGCCCCACAGCCAGAGGUGGCGCUCAGCCCAGGGCGGCCAGACUGGAGCGACGAUUUCUGUGUUGAGGGCAUCGAGACCAACCAUCAGUUUGGCAUCAUCGGUAAUGACAGAGCUGGCGGGACUGGCAUGAGCCCUUCUGGUAACAUGGGAGGUGGCCACUUUGUGCCUCCUGGGAAGACGACAGCCCGACCCGUGGACUGGACUGACCAGCUAGGCCUUCGGAACCUGGAAGUGUCCAGCUGUGUGGAUGCUGGGGGCUCGAGAGAGGCCAGGGAGGAUGCUGUGGGACAGCUGGGCUGGGCAGACAACCUGGGCUUCAGAGACAUGGACCUGGCCAGUCGCCUGGAGACUGGAGGGUCUGAGGAGUCCAGGGGGGUCAGGGUUGGGGAAGGGGACUGGACUUCCGAUGUCGGGGUGAGGAGCAGAGAUUUGACAGGGUUGGGGGAGGCAGGUCAGGUCAGGGAGAGUGGCGUGGGGCAGACUGACUGGUCAGGCGUGGAGGCCAGAGAGUUCCUUAAAUCAAGGGAACGUGGGGUGGGACAGGCUGACUGGACGCCUGACCUUGGGCUGAGAAACAUGGCCCCAGGGGCAGGCUGCAGUCCUGAGGAACCCCGAGAGCUUGGGGUGGGCCAGAUGGACUGGGGCAACAAUCUGGGCCUGAGGAGUUUGGAGGUGUCCUGUGACCUGGAGGCAGAAGGGUCCCCUGAACCACGAGGAUGUGGUGUGGGGCAGAUGGACUGGGCCCAGGACUUGGGGCUGCGGGACAUGGACCUCUCUGGGGACCUGGGCGAAGCCAGGGAGCAUGGGGUAGGUGAGGUUGGCCAGUGUCCAGAAGCAGACCUUAGGAACAAUGGGGGCUUAACCCCAGUCAUUGAGGCCCGAGACCCCACAGAGGCCAGGGAACUAGGAGUCGGUGAGACAAGUGGACCAGAGACUCCGGGUGAAGAUGACUCCUCGCCUUCCUCAGAGACCCGCCCUGAAGACCUCCAGAUGGAAGUGGGAGAUGUCUCCGGCGGCUUCGGAGCCAGCCCCCCUGCCCGCUCCCCGCCCUCCGGCUCACAGGACCUGCUGGAGGAGAUGCUGGCCAUGCACAGCUCCAGGACAGCUGUCCACAGGGAGUCUGUGGGCUUGGGCCUCGGCCGCCUGUCACAGGAGGGAGGGCCCAUAGCUGUCUCGGACCAAGUGGAGCCUGUAGAGCCUGGCAGGGGCACUCUGCCCUCCUGCAGGCCCCAGCCUGAUGGCGAAGCCAGUCGGACAGAAGAGGUGGAUGGUGGCUGGGGCCCCCCAGGAUCUGGGCGGGUUGAACAGGAGCCGGCCCGGACUCCUCGGCGGCCCCCCCAGCGCCCACCCUCCAACUCACUGAGUCAGGACUUCUCAUUCAUCGAGGACACCGAGGUCCUUGACAGUGCCAUGUAUCGGAGCCGUGCCAGCCUGGGGCGCAAGCGUGGGCACCGGGCCCCAGCCAUCCGGCCCGGCGGCACGCUGGGCCUGUCGGAAGCAGCGGACUCGGAUGCACGCCUGUUCCAGGACUCUACAGAACCGCGGGCUUCCCGGGUGCCAUCCUCCGAUGAGGAGGUGGUGGAAGAGCCACAGAGUCGCCGGACGCGGAUGUCCUUGGGCACCAAGGGCCUGAAAGUCAACCUCUUUCCUGCCCUCAGCCCAUCUGCCCUGAAGGCGAAGCUGCGACCCCGGAACCGCUCAGCUGAGGAGGGGGAGCCGGUGGAGAGCAAGUCCGUCCAGAAGGAGUCUGCAGUCCAGCGCUCCAAGUCCUGCAAGGUCCCCGGGCUGGGAAAGCCCCUCUCAUUACCUCCCAAGCCAGAGAAAUCCUCAGGGUCAGAAGGAUCAUCACCCAACUGGCUGCAAGCCCUGAAGCUGAAGAAGAAGAAGGUUUGA